UUGUUAUUGUGGUUUUAUUUAUGUGGGUGUAUUUGUUUUUAAUUUUUUUAUUGUCAACUUUUUUUGUCCACUCACAUUAGUCGCUCCAGAUUGAAAAGAAUAAUUCAUAUAAAAUUAAAAUGUUUCAAAUUAUGGCGAGCAGUUGACGAACGCGACUUGUCGAGUGGAUUACUUUAGUGGCGGUUGAAUAAGCGUGCAAAAUUUCUAGUGAUUUCAAACAGUAUUGGUGGUGCACACACGCGAUAGCGCAACUGUGAAAUAGCAAAAGCACUCACACACAAAGCUAUAUAGUUGCUGUUUGCUGAACAAAGGACCUUCCCACGACGGAUAGUUACAUACGUUCAUAUUCACAAUUUCAAUUGACGCGAAAAAAUGCAAUCUCACUUCAGCGAAUUCGUUUUUAGUUGUCUGCUGUGCUUGGUGGCGCUUUUGUCGGAUUAUAUUCAUGGCGCGCAUGGUUUAUCCACCGUUGAUACGGUACGUCGCGCUGCAGGAUUUACAUUUAGCUCGGUUAAUGGCAGCAGCACUGGCGAUGGCAGCAAUACUGUCGCUUCGCCGGCAACAGUUUUAACUCGACAACUAAUAGUUGGCACCACACCGCCUUUUACUGUCUCACCUAUUGCAUCAUCAUAUUGUAUUUGUGUGCCGCCAGGCUCUUGCCCCAAUCCCUUACCAACAGCACCGACGGAUGGCAGUGGGCAAAUCGACAUACGCAUCGUGAACAAUCCAGCCGUUACGACCACAUUGGCACCACCCUCUUGCAAUUACGGACUUCAGCUUUGCUGUCAGGCGGGCUCGUACCAAUGCGGACGUCGUUAUCCGCCACCGCCCGGAAGCACCGCAGCUGGUGCAGGUCAAGCGCAAUUCGGCGAAUAUCCAUGGGUGGCGGCAUUGCUCACCACAGCCGAAGUAUAUUUGGGUGCAGGAGCACUAAUCACGCCGCAGCAUGUGCUCACAGCCGCACAUAAAGUUUAUAAUAUUGCCACGUCCUCUUUCAAGGUGCGCGUUGGCGAAUGGGAUGCAGCGAGCACCUCCGAGCCGAUACCCGCACAGGAUCUUGCCAUCGCCAGCGUUUUCAUUCAUCCGAAUUUCAAUCCGACCAAUUUGCAAAAUGAUGUCGCUAUCAUACGACUCUCCUCGGCCGUUUCGCUGAUGACCAAAUCCACAGUGGGUACUGUCUGCUUGCCAACCACAACAUUUGUGGGUCAAACCUGUUAUGUGGCCGGUUGGGGUAAAAAUGAUUUUGGACCUACCGGCGCUUAUCAGGCCAUACAGCGCGAAGUCGAUGUGCCGCUCAUUACGAAUGCAGCUUGUCAAACGAUGCUGCGAGCCACGCGUCUCGGACAAACUUUUCAACUGAAUAACAGUAGUUUCAUUUGUGCCGGCGGUCAAGCGGGCAAGGAUGCGUGUACGGGCGAUGGUGGAGCACCGCUGGUUUGUCAGACGAACAAUAUGUGGUAUGUGGUCGGCAUGGUGGCUUGGGGUAUUGGCUGCGGUCAAGGUGGGGUGCCCGGUGUUUAUGUGAAUGUGGCAACAUAUUUGGCGUGGAUUCAGACCGUGUUAGCUUCUUCGUAAAUUGUGACCAAAUACCAUUAUGAUUGGUAUUGCAAAGCGUAUGAAAUAAAUCUUUAUGUCUAAGCUCGCUUAUUUAAUUACACUAUCAUGUGACUUCUAACGCUAAUUGUGCAAUUCGUAAAAUAAAUAUUUAUUUAGGGUUACUCAACUCUUGAUUUAUUAAAGUAAAAUUUAGAUAAAUUUUAAAUAAAUUUGAUAAGGUUAAACCCAUUCUCCGACCGAUUUGGAAUUUUUCUCUGUGUUUCUGAAUAAUCUUUUGUGCUUUCAAAAAAUGUUGGCGUUAAACUGACGGAUACAGCGCACGCUCGAAAACAUGAGCACUCUAAAACUUGAAU